GAACUUUUCGUCCGGGAAGAAGUGGACUACCAUGAUCUUACUCAGUGGUAUGAUAGUGCUCAGAGCAGCUUUCUCACCUCAACAAUUGUGACCCCGGCAGCUUCGACUAUUACCGCUGAAUUUGGUGUUGAAUCGAGUAUACUUUCGUCGAUGAUCACCACUAUUUUUGUGUUUGCUUACAUGUUUGGUCCUCUGGUACUAUCUCCUUUAAGCGAACUAUACGGGCGUCAAGUAAUCCUCAAUUCAGCCCAUGCCGUCUUCACACUUUCCCAUAUCGGCUGCGCUCUAGCACCAGAUGUUGGAACAUUUCUAACCUUCCGAAUUUUAUCUGGAUUUGGUGGUUCAGUUAGUAUGUCGGUGGGGGCAGGAAUUGUUCCGGAUCUUUUCGUCAUCGAACAGCGUGGUGUUGCAAAUGCGCUCGUUGCGACAGGAUCGGUAUUUGGGCCCGUUUUAGGACCACUAUUUGGCGGCAUAAUCACGCAAAAUCUUGGCUGGCGGUGGAUAUUCUGGAUCCUUCUCAUGGCAUGCGCAGUCAUGGCAAGCGCGAUGGCGAUUUUCGCUCCGGAGACUAACGCAUCCGUCAUCGUUUACCAAAAAACAUUAGAAUUGAGGAAACAGAUGGGAAGACAAGAUCUACAGAGCGGUUAUGAUUCCGAUAAGGAUAUGAUUAGCCCCAGACGGCAUUGGGGUUCUCUCUCACACGCAGUCACUCGCCCCUGGAAGAUGUUCUUCCAAUCGCCACUGCUGUUGAUCCUAUGCUUGAUCGUUGGUCUUGUCUCGGCUCUUCUCUAUACUCUAUUGACUACCACCUCUUCCAUAUUCCAAGACGACUACUCUUGGUCAUUGGAAUCUGCAGGUCUUGCCUAUCUCGGGCUAGGCUUUGGCAGUUUAGUUGGUCUCGUUUUAUUCGCCAAAACAUCCGAUGCCAUUGUUUCGCGCUUGACCAAAGCAAACAACAAUACCUUUGAACCUGAGAUGCGGAUUAUGACGGCAUUCAUACCUGCACUCCUCAUCCCAGUGAGCUUUUUCUGGUAUGGUUGGUCGGCUUACGCGCAUACGCAUUGGGUUGUUCCUUUAAUUGGCCUAGCACCUUUUGGAUUUGCCCAGGUAGGAUUGACUGCAAGCGCUCAGGCGUAUCUGAUUGAUGCCUCUGGAUCUUAUGCAGCAUCCGCAGUCGCCUGUGUAACGUCUGUCAGAUGUCUUUUUGGGGCGUUCGUGCCUUUGGCAGCGCCUAGUCUUUAUGAGAAUCUCGGACUUGGUUGGGGCAACUCAUUGCUAGGGUUUCUGAGUUUCAUCAUGCUUGUUCUGACCACAAUUGUCUACCGUUAUGGAAGAUCUUUGAGGCGGCGGUAUCCUUUGUCGGCUGAGUAA